CGGUUACAAAUUAUUUUUAUUCUUAAUGGGAUCAUCUAAAUCUGGCAACUGGAGUUCACCUCUUGUUUGUUUGUGUUUCAUAAUGCCGUUUGCCGACAACUUUAAACUUUUCUAAAUUUUUAAUCAAUUUUAAGAGUUUAAGUUCUUCUCAGGAAAAAAGCUUUCGAAAUGUUUGGGAGUAGACUUGCAAGAAGAUAUGCGUUUGACGCUUACAAGAGGUAUAAAAAUUUUACACAAUGCUUGAACUACUCCAGUAUUUCUACUAAAUUCAAACCAGACAAUUCAAUAUUAGGAUACUCAGUCAAGAAAGUUGAAGAAAUAUCUGAACUUAAUUUAACCGCUAUUCUAUUAGAGCAUAAGUCAACUGGUGCUGAGCAUUUGCAUCUUGCUUGUGAUGAUUCAAACAAUGUCUUUAGUGUGUCAUUUAGAACGCCCGUCAGUAACAGUAGUGGUGUCCCACACAUUCUUGAACAUCUUGCAUUGUGUGGAUCCCUGAAAUAUCCCUGCAGAGAUCCUUUUUUCAAUUUGUUGAACAGAUCAUUGUCUACAUUUAUGAACGCUAUGACAGGUGAUGACAGUACAAUGUAUGUUUUCUCUACUCAAAAUGUUAAAGAUUUUGGAAAUCUUUUAUCAGUGUACUUAGAUGCAGCAUUUUUCCCUUUGUUAAAUGAAAUGGAUUUCAGGCAAGAAGGUUGGAGAUUAGAACAUGAAAACAUCCAUGAUAGAAGCUCACCCAUUAUUUUGAAAGGUGUCGUAUUCAAUGAAAUGAAAGGAGUUUAUUCUGACCCUAAUGCUUAUUAUUAUUAUAAUCUGAAAAAGAGACUUUUUCCAAGUAACAAUUAUACCCACAUAAGCGGUGGAGAUCCACUGUGCAUUCCAACUCUCAGCUGGGAAGCUCUUAAACAAUUCCAUUCUCAUCAUUAUCACCCAAGCAACAGUCGAUUUAUUACAUAUGGCAAUAUGAGUUUAGAGCAUCACUUAGAAGCAAUUGAAGCAAGUGUAUUAAGGUAUUUCAAAAAGCUAGAAGUAAAUAAUAAAGUACCUGAUGUUGUACCUUGGACAGAGCCUAAAGAGGCUCACAUUUUUAACAAAUUUGAUCCUUUGGUUGCGAUCCCAGAGAAACAGCACAUGAUUAGUCAAAGUUUUCUUCUUAACAAGAUCACAAACACAUACGAAAGUUUUGCCUUAUCGAUUCUUGCAAAUUUAUUGACUGAUGGACCAAGUGCUCCAUUUUAUCAAAACCUCAUUGAGACUGGAAUUGGUCCUGAUUUCAGUCCGGCCACAGGAUACAUGAGUCACUUCAAGCAAAGUGUCUUCUCUGUGGGGGUUAGAGAAAUAGCUGAAGGAGAUGUUGAUCGUGUUAAAGACGUUAUUGCAUCCACUUUUGAUGAAGUUAUUAAGACAGGGUUUCCGGAAAAACGCAUCAAAGGAGUGCUUCAUUCUGUUGAAAUUGGUACAAAACACAGAACAGCAAGAUUUGGUCUCAGUUGUGCAAUGAGUGUGAAUUCUUUAUGGAAUCAUGAUGGAUGCCCAGUGACUGGUUUUAAGGUGAAUGACCAUGUCCAGUGGUUUUUAAGGCAGAUGAAUGAAAAUCCCCAUUUCUUACAAGACAAGAUAGUUCAGUACUUUAAAAAUAAUGCUCAUAAGCUGACUUUGGUGAUGUCGCCCAAAGAGAAUUUUGAAGCUGAGCUGAAAGAGGAAGAGAAAAAACUUCUUGAAUCGAAGCUGAAUGUCUUAAGCGAGGAAGAUAAAUUACAAAUUUAUGAAAAAGGCCUUGAUUUAUCCAAACAUCAAACUAAAUCAGAUGCUUCUUGCCUGCCUUCUUUAGAAAUUAAAGAUGUGAAAGAGAAAUUGGAAAAAACUCCCCUGAAGUUUUCAAUGCUGGGUAAGAGCAACUCCAACCAAACAAUUUCCAUUAUAGACUUUAUGCAUGAUGGCACCCUUGUACAAACUUGUGAGCAACCAACAAAUGAAGUGGUCUAUUUCAGAGCUGUUUUAGAUGCUAAUCGACUGUCUGAGGAAGAUCUUAUGCUCCUUCCUCUGAUGUGUUCUGUAAUCACACAAAUGGGUGCCGGUAAAAGAAACUAUAAGGAAUUUGACCAAGAAAUUCAACUGAAGACGGGCAAUUUCAGUACUUCGUUAAAUCUGUUCCAAGACCCUUUGACUGGAAACGAUUUUGAUCAAGAAAUACUUCUUUCAUCUUAUUGUCUGGAGAAAAACAUGCCAGACAUGUUUGCCUUAUGGAAGGACAUUUUUAAUGAGGUUCAUCUUGAAGAUGGUGAUCGUUUCACACAGUUGGUGAGACUGAUUGCAUCAGAUAUGGCCCAGGGGGUGUCCCAUAGUGGCCAUGCAUAUGCCAUGAGAAAGGCCAGCAGCUACCUUUCACCUGUUGCUGCUGUCAGAGAAAAAACAUCUGGCUUGGCUCAACUCAUAUUCUUGAAAAAUUUGGCUGAAGCUUCUAACCAUGAUGAAAUACUUCAAAAGAUUAGGAAGUUAGCUGAUAAUUUAUUUCACCAAAAAGUCAAAAGAUUCGCCUUAAAUGCUACUCCUAAUGCUAUGCCCAGUGCUUUCGAUCAGCUAUCAAGCUUUAACAAGGAAAUUAGGCAAAGCAAUGAAAUUUCUAAAAAUUAUUCACCGAUGGAUAUCAAGAAAGUGAGAAACCAGAGAUCACAUUUUGUCUUGCCUUUGUCUGUAAAUUUUAUUGCGCAAAGUAUUUUAACAGCUUCCUUGAACCAUGAGCAUUUUGGAAGCUUAAAAGUUGCAGCCAAAUUAUUGUCUUCUAAAUAUUUACAUUCAGAAAUUAGAGAAAAAGGUGGUGCCUAUGGGGGUGGUGCUAAAUUAAAUACAGAAGGUCAUUUCAAAUUCUAUUCUUAUAGGGAUCCAAAUGUUGACAAGACUCUAAACAGUUUUUCUGCUGGAAUCGAUUGGCUCAUCGAUGGUUCCUAUUCUGCUCAAGAUAUCAACGAAGCUAAACUGGGUGUCUUUAGUGAAAUUGAUGCACCAGUUGCCCCUGGAUCAAAAGGCAUGAGUCUGUUCCUCAGUAAAAUCGACCAUGAAAUGAGAGAAGCCCUGAGGCAGCAAAUAUUCAAAUGUGAUAAAAAUUCUAUUGUAGAAGCUACAAAAAGGUAUCUGAAAAACUCAGAAGACAUAGGCACAGUAUUAAUAGGUCCAGAAAUUGAGAAUUCACAAUCAAAAUGGUCUAAAAUAUAGAAUUGUAUAUAAUGUAUAUAUUUUAAUAAAGUGUUUUUAGCUUAUAAAA